AAAGUUAGGCCACUGUCAGGAUCACAGCAGUCUGUCAUCAUGGCCUUCAACGGGACCUGGAAAGUCGACCGCAAUGACAACUACGAGAAGUUCAUGGAGGAAAUGGGCAUCAACAUGGUUAAGAGGAAACUAGCGUCUCAUGACAACCUGAAGAUCACUGUGGAACAGACCGGAGACAAGUUCCACCUGAAGGAAGUCAGCACUUUCCGCACGGUGGAAAUUAACUUUACUCUAGGCGUCAACUUUGAAUAUUCAAUGGCAGACGGCACUGAGCUCACAGGAUCCUGGGUCAUGGAGGGUGACACGCUUAAGGGGACGUUCACACGCAAGGACAACGGAAAGUUGCUAAUAACAACCAGGAAGAUCAUCGCUGAAGAACUUGUACAGACCUAUACCUAUGAAGGAAUCGAGGCCAAGAGGAUUUUCAAGAGGGGUUAAAAUAACAUCAGCAUUCCCAAAAAAUUCUAAAUGACAACUCUAUUGAAUCUAUUGUGUGUCGCAACCGUGGAUAUUCAACCUGAUAAUAAGUGUUUUAACAAUUGGCAGCCCUAAAGUUUACAAAGCAUGUAUGUAUUACACUGUGAGUUUUGAUAUUUAUGGUAAUAAAGCCAUUUUU